GCCACCGACGUCUUCCGUGCGGCGGCCGUGGUGUCGGUGGCCGUGAGCGGCCGGGGCCCGUUCGAGGGGUCGACGGCGGUGCGCCACCUGCAGGUGCUCCGGAGGCUGUGCCAGGAGCUGGCGAUGCGCCGCGCGGCGAGCGCCUCGCCCGAGGCCGUGAGGGCGGCGGUGCAGGAGGCCGCCACAUUCUCCAUGUCCCUGGGCAAGCUGGUGGCAGUGCGCGCGGGCGGCGGCGCCGCGGCGCUGGCGGCCCCGGAGCUCCGGGAGUGGCUGCAGCUCGCGCUGUCGGGCGAGCCGGGCCAGAGGCUGCCCAACCCGGCACAGGCGCUGGGCGCCCUCGACGAGGCGUGGGCGCGCUUCGAGGCGCGCCUGCUGGAGGACCUCGGGAACGCCACACCCACAAGCAGCCGAGCGCCGUUGCCCCGAAGCGGCGGCCCCCGCUCGUGCUGGAGCCGCCCCCAGAGCUGGCGGAGAUGA